AUGGACCUCUGCAGGCAGUCGUGCACUCGCCUCACCUCCACCAUCCUUAGGCCGACCCCCUGCAUGCCUCUCUUCAGCAGCAUCACUGUCAGUGACAACCGACAGAGCCCCAAGAUGCAGUACCGCCUUUGGUACAUGAUGUUGAGGGGGCGACAGCUAUGCUCAAUGAAUACAUCAGAGAACAUAUCCUAUUACGAUUACUACUAUGACUAUAAUGGCAGUUGUGUCCAGGAUCUCACUCCAUUUACAUCCGAUGGAUCCGUGUUCCUGACAGUUCUCUUCUACACGCUGUUUGGUCUAGGUCUGCUAGGCAACACCACAGUUAUAUGGAUUCUCCUCCGGUACAUAAAGAUGAAGACGAUGACGGACGUAUGCCUCCUCAACCUGGCCGUGUCUGACCUCAUACUGGCUUCAUCUCUGCCUCUCUGGGCCUACAGUACUCAGAAUAUUGUAUCAUGUAAACUGAUGACAGGAAUCUAUCAGUUGGGAUUCUACAGUGGGACUUUGUUUGUGACCCUUAUGAGUUUGGACCGCUACCUGGCCAUCGUCUGUGCUGUGGCAGCCAUGCAAACCCGAACACGUCGAUAUGGAAUCACAGCUAGCAUCAUAAUCUGGCUUAUAGCUGUCAUCAUGGCAACCCCUCAGGUCAGAUAUGCUGACAUAGAAAACAAUGAGGGUGUCCUCAAGUGCCUUCCUCUGUACCCUUUUGAGUGGCGGCUGUUUUGGAACAUGCAACGAAACUUCAGUGAGAAUACACUGAGCAUUUUACUCUGCCUCCCCAUCAUGAUUUUCUCCUAUGUGAAUAUCCUUGUUGUGCUGUCCAAGUCCAGGAACUCCAAAAAGGACAGAGCCGUGAAGCUGAUCUUCACUGUUGUGUGUUUGUUCGUGUUGUGCUGGGGGCCUUACAACGUCACAGUUUUCCUUAAGACACUGGAGAUUGUUGAAAUCCUAGGCCCGGACUGUGAGCUUUCAAAAUCUAUCCACUCUGCAAUGUGUUUUGCUGAGAUCAUUGCUGCAUCUCAUUGUUGUGUAAACCCAGUUAUCUAUGCGUUAAUAGGGGAGAAAUUUAGAAAGUCACUGAGGAAAAUGCUGAGUAGAUACCUCUGCUGGAGUUACCAGAGCAGAGGAGCUUUCAGCCACAGAGAUACCACAGACAAAGAGACCUCCAACACACCUGUAAAAUCUGAUUAUUAAUGCCUUGCUUAUGUGUGGGUGCAUGUGUGCUUGCUGUGAUGUAUUUCUCUCCUCCAA